UAAAAAUACCCUGCCGGGUGGCCUUUUCCUGCAGGCAGCACAGCUUCCAGGGUACGUGUGGGCUGUUGAGGAAAGAGGACAUGAGUGGAGCUGGUCUGCAUGCGGCUUCCUGCUCUAUGUUAUAAAGACUCCCCUCCCUCCGGCUAACCUCCACAGUCUUUCUCAGACAACUGCGGUAGGUUAUAUCUUGGGAUAGCUAUAUUGAGGUAGCUGACAGUUGAACUGAGGGUUGCGAGGUCAGCAUUGUGCACAUUGGUUCUCGUCCCUGCUGGUCGGGGUACGAGUAGGGAGCUGGUCUCACCUAACAGAGGCGUCCAGGAGACUGCCCUCUAUGUAUUCUCUAGCUGGUGCCUUCCUCAACAAGAUGAGCAAGAUCCAGGUGGUGGAGGGAUACCAGGUUGGAGGAAGGCGUGCGGUGGUGGCGUCUGAUGCGGUUGCUGCGGAGGGAUAUGUGAAGGAGUUUACGCGCCACUCCAACGACGUCCUGCUGAAUCUGAAUGAGCUGAGGCACCGGAACAUUCUGACCGAUGCCACCCUCAUGGUGGGCGCUGCCCAACUGCAGGCUCACUGUGCUGUGCUCAUUGCCUGCAGUGGGUUCUUCUACUCCCUGUACUGCCAUCGUACCGUACAGAGUGGUGCUGGAGGCCAGGCCCUAACCCUGUCUCUCCCUGACUCCCUGGACCCCUCCAGCGUCUCUCUGCUUCUGGACUUCAUGUACACCUCCCGGCUGCCCCUCACGUCACACACCGUCCCCGGGGUGCUCGCCGUCGCCACCUACCUGCAGAUGGACCACGUGGCUGACACCUGCAGAGCGUUCAUGUUACACAUUGAGAGGAUGAGAGGGACGCCCCCUCAAGUGGAGCUGGACUCCACGGUGUCUGCAGUGUUUGAGGCACCCUCAGGGGGAGUUCCUCCCAGUCCCCCUAUCAAUGGAAGACCCUGCCCGUCUGUUCUCGCUGUCUCCACCCCCUCACAGCCCGCAGCGGAGGCUGAGGGCCAUAUUUUCCCUGACUCAGCCAGGGUCCCCGGAGACAUCCGGGCCUCUCUGCAGCCAGGGACUUUCCUCACCCGUAAGCCCAGGUCAAAGGAACUAAAGUUGGAGCCCGAAUCCCCUCUCCCCACACCCUCUCCAGAAAGCCCAUCCCGCUCCAGCUGCCAGCCCAACUCUCCUGCUGAGUCCAAAACCUGUAACAUGGGUGAACCCAAGAACAGCCCUGAUCCUAAGGCGUGCAACUGGAAGAAGUACAAGUACAUCGUCCUCAAUCCAUUCUGUGCCAUAACCACAGUGAAGGAGGAGGAGCCUGAGGAGGUCCAGCAGCAGCUAAGGCACACCCCCACCUCUGAUAGGAUGGAGGUGACAUUGAAGCCAACUAUAGAGGCGUGGCCAGGGGAAGGAUCUGGCCAAAAUGACAGGCACGUCUCCUGCUAUGAUGUCCCUGGCCGUAGCCCUCCUCUGGUGCCCCUCACAGGGCUGUCAGCACACUCUGCGGACCACCCCAUGGAGCAUCCCACCCACAAGGAAGGGACAGCCUCGCCUUGCUAUCUGGCACCCCGCCCAUUGGAGCCAGAGGCUGCCCAUCACUGCCAGCACCCAAUCAAGCGCAAGAAUUACGGCUUGCCAUUCCGUUACUCCGACAACCUGAGUGUGAUAAAGGCUAUCUGCACAGGUAAGGCAGCCCCUGCUGCCGGCGACAAGCCGUACCGCUGCAACGUGUGUGGCGCCCAGUUCAACCGGCCCGCCAAUUUGAAGACUCACUCCCGCAUCCACUCUGGAGAGAAGCCCUACCACUGUGAUACCUGCGGGACCCGAUUCGUUCAGGUGGCCCACCUGCGAGCCCAUGUUCUGAUUCACACAGGGGAGAAGCCCUAUCCCUGUCACACCUGUGGCACUCGCUUCCGUCACCUGCAGACCCUGAAGAGCCACCUGCGUAUUCACACGGGCGAGAAGCCUUACACUUGUGAGAAGUGUGACCUGCACGUCCGCCACAAGAGCCAGCUGCGUCUCCACCUGAGGCAGAAGCACGGCGCCGUCACCAACAACAAGAUCAACUACAAGGUCCUGGCCGACCCCUACCAGUCCAUCCUGCAGGCCUGUUAAAUGUCUUCCUUUUGAACCCGGACCUUUAACCCCUAACCCCAUUAUAACACCUAAACAUAUAGUUGGAAGUACAUGGGUCCUGUAUGUGAUUAGCCAAUCAAGCCAUGAUGUUCUAAUAUGAUUUGGGGAAAGACAGCAGGACCAGAGAUCUGAGCUGAUAUGUAGAUAGCAUGCUGAUGCCUGUCCUCUACAUGCUGUCAGUGAGGCACAUAUGAGUUAGGUCAGUAUGACCUGGAUCUUGUCAAGAGUUACUGGGAGUAGUAUGGAAUGUUUUUGUAGCCCAUCAGUUUGAGAGAGAGAGAGAGAGAGAGAGAGAGAGAGAGAGAGAGAGAUUUGACAGUUAAGAACAUGAAAUUAGGAUUUGACUGUAUUAGAGUGAUAGAGAGAAUGAUGUAGUAAAUUGCUAUGAGCUUGGGAGCUGUAGAAAUGGAUAGAGCACGUGAAAGAAAGUUGUAUUUAUUUUCCAGUCUCACAGGUAUUUUUAGGGACUGGGACACAUUGGGGAUCGUUGAGUAUUUGGAAGGGAUACUACAAAGAUGUCAUUGCAUAACAAUAUAGACAAAGAUAGGUCAAAGAUCAUGAUGCCCUCAGCACUAACGUGUGAAUAGACUACCCCGACUGUGACAGCUUUAAAUAGCUUUUUAAACUAAUGUUUAUUUUUUACAUACUUGGGGCUUUUGUAUAAUGAUGUGUCAUAUUUGAUCAGAUAUUUGCCCGUUACAUCCCUGCCGUGUUUUUCUAAAGCUUUUUAUUUAAAUGUAAGAUUAUAACUUGUCAUCCGUGAUUAAUUAUAAUUUUAUUUCGGAGUCCAAGCAGGCACAGGACUUCCGUCUCUUGUAUAUGAAGGAAUAUGGGCUCUCAGAGCAUAAAAGCUAGAUAAUGCUACUGUAAAAAAUGGAUGAGAGAUGAUAUUGAUAUCUGAAAUUGUAUGGUGUUCUUUUGCUGGACAAAGACCAGGACUGUUUUAUACCAAUGAAAUGAAACUGAUUGCCAUUAACUACAAAUGAGUUGUAUCUUUUUAAGUUGUACUGUAUGUGUUGAACGUGUGAGGACUAAAUAUCAUACCCCCUGGA